AUGGAUAUGGACGUAAUUGUGAUAAAGCAAGACGUACGCAAUUCGAUUGCCGAGUGUGAAAAACGGUGUUUGAUGCAAUGCACCAAGUGGCUCGCAGAAUUGAAUCACGGCCUGUCGCAAACAACGGUUGAGCUAGGUGGAAACCCGGUCGUGCAAAAUAUGCAUGAUGGGAUCGAUGACGCCGAGUACGACAUCUAUGUGCUGGCAAAAUGCUAUUUCCAUGUACGCGAGUAUGACCGGUCGGCUUACUUUACGCGGAACUGUGUUUCGCCGGUGCCAAAGUUUCUGCACCUGUACGCAACAUACAUGUCGAAGGAGAAGAAACGGUUGGACAACAUGACCGACAGUUCGGUCGUUAGCUCGGUGAGCCAUGCGAAGGAUUUUUCCGAACUAUUAACCAUCCUGCGGACGGAGCACAGUCAGCAGUCGCUGGAUGGUUACUGCCUGUAUCUGUACGGUGUUAUACUGAAGAAGCUGAACCUCACAGACAUAGCUGUGGGUGUGCUAGUCGAAGCAAUCAACGCCGAACCGAUGCUUUGGUGCGCCUGGUUAGAGCUGGCACCGCUCGUGAACGAUAAACGAAUGCUGGAAAGUCUGAAGCUGCCGAAUCAUUGGAUGAAAAGCAUAUUUGAAGGCUAUACGUACAUUGAGCUGUUCCAAAACGAUGAAGGCAUUAAGAUAUUUGAACAUCUUCAAAAGAAUGGAUUUAGCAAGUGUAUCUUCAUACCCACCUUACUAGCAAUCGCUUACUCCAACAAACGAGAUGUAGAUCGUUCGAUCGACAUAUUCCAACAUUUGCAGAGCGUCGAUCCGUACCGGUUAGACAAUCUCGACUCGUACUCAAAUCUGCUGUUCGUGAAGGAUAUGAAAACGGAAAUGUCCCAUCUUGCGCACAAGGUGGUCGAGAUCAACAAGUACAGCCCGGAAACGUGCUGCGUUGUGGGGAAUUAUUACAGCAUACGAUCGGAUCACUAUAAAGCGGUCAUGUAUUUCCAGCGUGCGCUCAAACUGAAUCCUCAGUAUCUUUCGGCCUGGACGUUGAUGGGGCACGAGUUUAUGGAGAUGAAAAAUACCAAUGCCGCGAUCCAAAGUUACCGGCAAGCGGUCGAGGUUAACAAACGAGAUUUUCGAGCGUGGUACGGACUUGGGCAGGCAUACGAAAUUCUCAAAAUGACGUUUUACAGUUUGUACUACUACAAAGCGGCCCAACAGUUACGCCCGUACGAUAGCCGCAUGCUGGUCGCGCUUGGUGAAACGUACGAAAAGCUUAACAAGGUGGCCGAUGCGCUCAAAUGUUACCAGAAAGCGUACAAUGUGGGAGACAUUGAGGGUGUAGCACUGUACAGCAUGGCAAAGCUGUACGAAAAGCAAGGUGAAACAGAAAAAGCUAUCCCGGCGUUUAUUAAGUUCUGUUCCGACGACAAACUGAUUGCCGAUAAGGCAUCCCUAUGCCACGCGUACAUGACGCUUGGGAACUACUACGAAAAGAUUGAAGAUCUCGACAAAGCGUCGUACUUUGCGUACAAAUGCUUAGACUACGAGGAAAUGAAACGGGAAGCGGAAUCCUUGCUAAAAAGCAUUGCCAACAAGCGAGCCCAUAAGCCCACUACGUCCGGGGCACAAGGCUCGUCCGGAGCAACCAAAUCGACCGAAGAUGAAAAGCCGGAUACGUAUGGUGCCGAAGAUAUGGAGAUGGAUGAAACGAAUCUUUCCAAACGGAUCGACAAUGCGAUCAGGGAGGAAGAAGCGGGAAACAAUGAGCUGGUAGAAAGUUCCGGCAUUCACGAGUUCCACAUGGAAGAUACGUACGAUGUAAACGAAUGA